UUGUGCAUGGGAACCUGAUCCCUGGCGCUCUUUUUUCUUUUCUUUUUUUAUUCGACGUCAUAUACAUUUUGGUGGCCCAUUCCCCUUUUGUCCUCUUUUUUUCCUUUUCUCCCUUGAUCUAACCAACGAUCAUUUCCUUCCCGAUCCCCGCCAUGGUCUCCGACUCCACGAAAAAGACCCUCAUCCUCUCUGUCUCGGCCAUCGUCGGCCUCACCACCCUUUCAACCCUCGCCUACCUCCUCAUCCAAGACGACCGACGCGCGAAGCACCGCAGAAAGAUCCGCGCGCUCCAAAAGCAACUUUCCCACAAGCUCUCGAAAGUCGAGUCUUCCGUCGAAGCUCUCGUUGAGGGCGAUAUCCGUCUGGCCCAGGUCCGGACGCGUACCCUUCGCACCUAUGCAAUCUACACAGGCGACCCACAUGUCCACCUCCCGAGCCUCGGCUUGAUCAACCCCCAGGACAAGCUCGAUCUUGGUUCCGAUAUCGAGGAGACCCAGGAGGAACUGAUCCGGGAGCGCACGCAGGGGUAUGGCGAAGAUCCUCAGAAGGUCCGACAGGGCUAUAAGCGUCUGGAGUUCUUGGUCAACUCCGUGAACGAGCAGCUGUUGCGCUUGCUUGAGUCCCUCGAUGCGAUCUCGCCUCGCGAAUUGACGGAUCUGGGCGAUGGAUCCGGAGGACUCGCGUCCGCGAACGGACCGGAGAUGCAGGCAUUCGAGAAGAUCCGGAAGCGCAAGAGAACAGACAUUGAAAAGAUUCAAAAGCUGAUGGCACAGAUGGACAAGAUUGGGGCCUCGUUCAAGGAUCGAUUGACCGCGGUCGAAGUGUUCGAGAAGAAGGCCGAGGAGGCCGAGGAGGCCAAGAAGGCUGCCGCUACUGAAGAGAAAAAGGCGGAUAUGGCCAAGGAGGCGCACGGUGCGGAUGUCGAUGUUCAUGUGAAGGAGGGCUUCUCGUUCGCAGAGGUGGCCUCACGCAACAUCCCCGAGCCUGAGAUUUUGGAGCCAACGGAGGAUCUGGAGAAGAUGAAGGAGGGCGUGACCUUCGCGAAUGUGGCCUCCCACAACAUCGAGCACAAGCACCACGAGCACGCCAAUGGCCUCCUGGCCACGACCACCUCCUCCACCAAGACCACGACGACCACAACGACGAUCAGCAGUGGCAGCACUAGCAGCAUUAGCAGCAGUAGCAGUGCAACAGUCGCGGUCGAGGAGACCAGCCAUUUGGAAAAGGUUCAGGAGGGCAUCUCGUUCGCUGAAGUGACCUCGCACAACCUUCCCGAAGAGAAACCCGACUCCGAGGUUAAAACUGACCAGGUUUUGGAGGAGACUGAAGAUCUGGAAAUGAUGAAGGCCGGGAUCACGUUUGCGGAUGUGGUUGCCCAAAACACUGAGGAGGACAACUCGGCAGAAAAGAGCGAGGUCCUGGAGGAGACUGAGGAUUUGGAAAAGAUGAGGGCCGGCAUUACUUUUGCGGACGUGGUCGCGGCGGAAGAAACGACUGAGACGACGACAGCAACGACAGCAGCGACGACGACAGAGAUAGAGGGUGCUGUUGCCCACUAAUUAUGGUCUUCACCUUUGGAUCUAUCUGCUCAUUUUUGUACCGACAUAUAAAGCUCUGUUACUUGAAUGCUUGCAUAGUUCGAAGAUAUGUGACCUGGCCCGCAUAAUUGAUGCCGUUC